AUGUCCUUGGGAGUGGUUGUCGCUCUCUGCUUUGUAGUACACUCUGUAGUUCUCUCUUAUUCACUCCUUCCCUCUGGAUCUGAUGAUUCUGAUCCUUCUGACAGAUCCGCCAAUAGCCUUGAACCGAGAGAAGUAUUUUGCUGUGAUAAUACUGCUAAGCUGUCAAGUUCCAAAUCCGAUCCUUACCCUAUACCAAAUUCCUGGAAUUCUGGUCCUAAUAAGUUUCCUGAUUUUCAUACAAUGAUUGAGAUUGGUCAACAUGGAGGUAUCCCAUUCAACCACAAACCUACUCAUUCUGAGACACAGAGCGGUGUCUCAUAG